GGCCAGAGCUGACGAAUUUCCUCUUCUCGCUUUUAGCCCGGCCAAAAGGGCAAAAGAAUCGUUCAAAAACUGAGCGGGUGUGAAGUGAAGUGGCUUAUGAAUUGAUCAAAUAUAUCACUUUAUUUAUACCGGGUAAUUCACAUUUUUUUUGUGGCCACAUUCUUCGCCAGUGAGCUGAGAUUUACUUAUUUAAUAGCUGUUAAUUGCUCCUUUUUUUUACUCCUUUUUGUUUUUGUGAAUUUGCUAAGCACACCUAUAGAAUAUCUAUAUAUACAGCAGUGAAUUAUGAUAUACAACAACAGCAGCAGCAACAAAUAAUAAUAAUAAAACAAAGCCAAGCGAGAGAAACAAAAAUUUCUAAUAUGCAAAUUAAAUAAUUUUGUUUAUGGUGCAGCCGAAAGAAUCCCAAACAAAAAGUGCAAAAGUAUACAAAAAUAAAAUUAUUUGAAAAUUGAACCUGUUCUGAUGGAGGCUGGAUCCAGCGAUUGAGGAACAUCCAUCAAUCAUAAAGAUUUUGGAAACUCACUUUCUAACAAUAUUUCACGGCAUGAGUACAAUCUUAUUAUGAUGUGUUUUUAGUUUGUUGAUUGACGGUCAGAACGCUGCGUCAUGUUGUUGCUGCCAACGGAAAUGUGUCCAGCAGCAACAACAACAACAACAACCACAACAACAACAACAAUAAACAACACCAAAAGUUGCCCAACGAAAAGUAAUUUGCGAAAAUCAUAAAAAAGUAGCGUAAAUAUCUCCCGGCUCUACCAGAUCCAAGUGGAGCAAAAAGCACAAAGGCCAAGCGCGAAAACAGCCAGAAAAUUGCUGGAAAUCUUUUGGUUCACACCAAAACAAGAAACCCCAGAGACAACAUUCAAAUUCAAGAACGACAACUAUAGGAACAACCAGAGCAACAACAGCAAGUGUCGCCGUUUUCUUAUGCACAAAAACCAUUCUGUGAUAUCUCAAGACCCAAAGAUGGCAUCGUUAACCUUGCACUUGAUAGUGAUAGCUCUGCUGGCGUCGACUGCGCUGUCGACGGCGACGCGGCAGCGCGGCAGAAUCGCCGCCUCUCAGGGGGAGGGCUUGGUGGUGGGCGGCCGGGGCACGGGGGGCGUGGCCAGCACGACCAGCACAGAGGCGCCAACGUUGCGGGCGCCACGUCAGCGUCGUCCGCCCACGACGCAAUCGAUUGAUAUGACGAUAACGGUGAGUCCGGGUCAUCGCAGUCGCGGUCGCAGCACAACGCCUCUGCCGCCGGUCACAAUAACAACAACAACAGCAACAGCUAGACUGCUGCAGCGACGACGCAGCAGCACUUCCAGUACAACAACUACAACAACAAGCACAACAGCUGGAACACCUUUGGCUGGAAGAGCUUCCAGGGAUCGUGGAAAUGUGAGGGGGCCACGACAACCGAGGGAUACACCGGUCUUGGGUGGCGAUAGUAUACGGCGCAGCUGGCAGCCCACCCCACCCACCGCCACCCCUUACUACGCCCACACGCCCACUUCCAAUCCCACUUCCAGUUACAGUUCCAGCGACGCCGCGGCUAAUGCCAGUGCCAGUCCGAGUUCCAGUUACAGCUCCACUUCCAGUCGUGGCGCCCUGAAAACGCCGCGCAUGAUCCAGCGACUGGUGGCCGGUCACAUCCACAAUUCGCAGGGCCACUCCACCUACGAGGUGUCGGCGGUGAGCGCCAACAGUUCCACCACCAGCUAUGGUCCUUCGAAGCCGGAUAGGAGUACUUUCUCGACCACAACCACAACGACAACCACGACAACCACGACGACCACGCGGCAACCACCUGCGAGGGGCAAGGCUAGCAGCAGUUACAGACUGGCCAAGCCAUCGACCAGGCCCAGAUUGACCAGCACAGUGGCCACCACGAGGUUCAGCCAUCCGCCGAGCAGCUCGAGAUCUACCACGCCACUGCCACUGCCAUCCAAUACACCCAAUCCCUACAGAGAUGUGGACGACGAUGAGGCUUUGCUUAACGAACCGGACGACUUCGACAACUGGGACAAUGGCAUCCUGCGGCUAAGUGCUGGCUCUGGCAAGGAAGCCGAGGCUCCCGCCAAGAAGCCGCCCAAGGAGGACGCAAAAAAGACGCUGGCCGACCAGGUGCGGGACGGCAAAUAUGGCAUGAUCGAAAAGGAGCUCUUCCGCCGCGUGCCCAAGCGACCGGGAGUGCUGAGCUACGCCCGCAAUUCGGAGGUGCCGCUGGACAACGAACGCAACUACGGCGGUCUGAACGAGGAGGACAUCUGGCUGGCCGAGGAUCAUCUGCUGGUGAUCAAGGGCGGCGCUUUGAACGAGGAGGCCGAGGACAACCAGCACGGCCCGUGGCCGGCCAUCGAUGAUUACGAUGCGCCCGGGAGACAGAUCAAGCUGCCGCCGAAUCCAGCCGUGCCGCCUCCCUUUCCCGUGCAGCUCGAGCCGCACGGGCCGCUGCAGCUUAUCCGAGAUAAUCAACUCGAGAUCCUCCGUUCGGCGGCUGGCAAUGCAACGCUAUCCGCUAAGGCCGGCCACUACCAGAGCCACACAGGCACCGCCGCUGAAAAUCUCGCAUCGCAUCCUGCUGCCCGGUCGGGAGCGGCUGCAGCAUCUGCGCCAGCUUCCGCUGAGGCCCCUCAAACCCCGGCCUACGUCUAUCCGGCGCCCUAUGCCCCCUGGCUGCUCUACCCCAACGACACGGUGGCGUCCAAGGGCCUGCUAAGGAGUCCUCCGCUCCUCGGUCCCUGGCUGAUCAAUGGCCUCAAUGGCAAUGGCAAUGGCAAUGGCUCCCUGGCGGCGGACUCACCGUUGCCGGGCAAUGUCAGUGACUUUGACGAGGACGAUCCCUCACUGUACUAUCCGCCGGCCUAUACGUUCGUCUAUAAGAGCAACUACUCGAAUCCGGUGCCACCUGGACCACUGGUACCGGGCAUAGUCCUGCCCCCGCCGCCCGAUCACUUCAGUCGACUGGAGGUGACCAGCUCCUCCACCAGAAGACCCCCCAGCACCAGCAGCACCACCACCACAAGCAGUUCGACGACCAGUAGCACCAGCACCACCACUACCACCAGUAGUACUAGCACCACGAGCACCACCAGCCGGCCGCCAGUGCACCUGCCGCCCAUCAGGACCUCCUAUAAGCCCAAGUACAAUGCCAUCACCUACCUGCCGCCGCCACCCAGACAGAACUCACCCAAGUACGUGGAGCGAGUGCCCGUUCCGGUGGCCGUGCCCAUACCCAUCUACCCUGUCAACUACACGCCGCGACCGCCGCAAGCGCCGCAACUGGUCUUCGUGCCCAGCUCCACGGAGGGCAGCCGCCAGGAGCAGUCGCCGCUGGAUCUGGAUCCGCCGCUUUCCAAGUCCAACCCCAUUUACUACGAGUACUUCGAGGCCAAGCGGCAGCCCGGCUCGAUCAAGUCCAAUGUCAUUGACGACUUCCUGGCCACCAAGCCGCCCAAGAGGCAUCAUCACCAUCACCAUCAGCACACUGGCCACAGUCACCAUCAGCGGGAGCAUCUGCAGCACUACAAGGCGUCGCCGAGUCCGGCCAACGAGGUGGCCCCCGAGGUGGUCAACAUCACGCCCAAGCCACGCACCGCCCAGCUGCAGCUCCACGCGGAGUACGAGGCCUCCUUGGGACAGCUGCUCAGGAGCAACCUCGUCUCGCCCCCGGGCGCCUCCAAUGCGGGAAGAUUCCAGCCGCCCGACUUUGACAAGCAGCCCUUCCUGCCCAUGGUGAACUACAGUGCGGAUGAGCAGGACCAGAACGCGUUCAAGGCGAUUGUCUACCAGCCCCCCAAUCAGCGCCAACGUCAUCUGCGCGUGGGCAAGCAGCAUCAGCAGCUGCAGCUGCAGCUGGAGCCCAAUUUGGAAGCCUUGCCACAGGAUUCCUAUCUGCCUGGACGCCAAUACCGGGUGGGAAAGCAGCACCAGCAACACCAGCAACACCAGCAGCAUCAGCAGCAGCAGCAGCUCAGCCACCAGCAGCUCUACGAUCCCCAUGCCCAGAUCUACAGCACACCAGUGCCGCAGUUUGUGGAGGAUCCGCAGCAAUUGCGACCCCCGGCUCCGGUGCAAUCCAAUCCCCUGCAGUUCUGGCAACGACCUCCGCCGCAAUUCAAGCGAGUUCGACCCAGCAGCAAGCAGGGUCAUCCGCUUCCGCUUCCGCAUCCUCACUAUCCGCCGUACUAUGUGCCCGGAUAUCCGAGUGGUCCGUCGGGCGAGCCGCUCUAUCGACUGGUGCCGGUGACCCAGCACAAGCACUGGCGCAACAAGCAGCCGGUGCAGGUGCAAUCGCAGCCCAUUCAGGUGCAGCCCCAGCCGCAGCUGAAUCAGGGCUAUCCCGACCGGAGUGUGAACAUUGGCCACAGCCUCGCGGGCGACAUCCUCGUCAACUACAACACGAACAAUCAGUUUAAUCCGCAGGCGGAACUGGUGCCGCAGGCCCAGUUGGCGGCACCUCCUCCUCCGCCGCCGCCGCCGCUCUCCUACCAGGCCCAAAGUGGACAGCCAUUGUGGUCCGAAAGGGAACGGGAACGCGAACGAGAUCGGGACAGGGAGAGAUCGGGGAGGCAGUCAAGGGAACAGCAGCAAUAAUGCUCUUACUACAAUAUCAUAAUCCGAAUAAUCAUGUCGAUAAUGAUGGUUUCUAUGUCAUUGAUAAACGUAGUGUCAAAAUGUGAUCUAUAGGGAGGCCAAUCCGCUAUCGAAUCCCAGCCUAGACGAUACGAAAUGUGAAGCCGACGCCGACGACUUUCUUAGAAAAAUGUGUAUUUCUUUUUCACCUGUAUCCCAUUUCUUUGGGGUACUACUCAAUGUGUGUAAACCUUAAACCCCAUUAAUGGUCUCAUUUUCGCUAUAUCAACAUAUCCGAAUCAUUAAUUGAUCUUGUCCAAAAUUUCAAGAUAUAACAUUAAUUUCUUUUUUUUAUGGUUUAUAUUUCAAAUCUGAUUGUGUAGUUUGUUUUUUGUCCCUACCACUUUGACUUUUAUUUUGCAUCCAAUUAACAUUUUGCUUCCACUAACAAAUAGUUACGUUAUGUAGAGCUGGUCAUUUAAGAGAUAAACCCCGAUUUUGGUCCUGCUGCCAACUUAUCGAUGGCUAUCGUUAAUCGAUAAAUAUCGUAUAUUGCAUAUUGCUGACAGAGUUGCAACAAGCAUACAUACAUAUUUAAUAUAUAUAUUUAUACCAUAUAUAUGUAAGUACCUAUAUCCCUAUGCGGUAAAAACAUAUAUAUAUAUAUAUUCACAAACCUAUGUAAAUAAUAAACGAGUGUAGGCGCUACAGACACCACUUAGUCUUAGGGGCAGUAAAUUACUUAUAUACAUUAUCGAUAUCUAUAGGAACGAAGGUCGAUUCGUUUAGCCUAAGCUAUCUGUUUUAUCCUGCACACACACACACACUAUAUGUAUUAUUUUUUUCUAUUUAUUGUAAUCUGUUUUUGUAUGUUUUCCAAAAUCAUUGCAAAACUUUGUAUAAAAGCCAUAACAACUAAGGUCACUAUAAGUUAAAACCACGCUAUGCAACUAAUGAACACUGUGCGUUAAUUAUAUCAUUAGUUUGGAUACCAUACAUAUACAUAUACAUUUUUUUUUUUGUUAAUUUUAAACGAAUAAAAUAAUUUGUAGACGCAAAUUCUUA